CAUAUAAUGGAGCAAAUACUCAACUUUAACGAGCAGCUUGACAUUAAGCUCCUGGAUAGUGUCGUCCGUGUAAUGUACUAUUCGACCAGUGUACCUGAGAGAGAAACGGCACAGAAGGUCCUCGGUCAAUUCCAAGAGCAUCCCGACUCUUGGACCAAAGUUGACAGUAUCCUCGAGUACUCACAGUCUCCUGAGACCAAGUUCUACGCCCUCUUGAUCUUGGAGAGCUUGAUCAAGUACAAAUGGAAAGCUCUCCCAAGGGAGCAGUGCGAGGGCAUCAAGAACUACAUUGUUAGCUUGAUCAUCCGUCUAAGCUCUGAUCCCCAGUCCUUUGCUCGCGAGAGACAGUUCCUGAACAAGUUGAACAUCAUCUUUGUUCAAAUACUUAAGAAAGAAUGGCCCAACCAUUGGUCCUCAUUCAUUCCAGAGAUUGUAAAUAGCAGCCGUACCAAUGAGUCCCUCUGUGAGAACAAUAUGAACAUCCUCAAGGUGUUGAGUGAGGAGAUCUUCACAUACUCUGAGGAGCAAAUGACUCAGGCAAAGAUACAAAGCCUUAAGAUUAGCUUUGAAAAGGAAUUCUCAUUGAUCAAUGAGCUUUGCCAGUUCAUUUUAGAGAAUGCAACAAGACCCUCGUUGAUCAAGGCCACGCUGGACACCCUCCAGCGAUUCCUCAACUGGAUUCCCUUGCACUACAUCAUCGAGACCCACCCACAACCUGAGCCGUCCAAGCUGGUCAAACUACUGCUCCUGAAGUUCUUCCCAGAGCCACAGUUCAGGAACGCCACACUCAAAUGCUUGGUUGAGAUUGCUUCUUUGAGCUUGGGACCAGAGUAUGACCAAGUGUUCGUCUUUAUCAUUGACCAAUUCAUGAACACACUCAAGUUCUACAAGCCCGAUCCAGCCAAGAUACCAAGUGACUAUGAGGAUGGAGAUCAAUCCGAGACUGACUUUAUCCACUCACUGACGUUCUUCUUGACAACGUUCUUCAAGGCACAUCUUAAGAUCAUGGAGAACACCAUGAACGUACCAUAUCUCGCACUUGGACACGAGAUACUCAUCCAAUGCUCCAAUGUCGAGGACUUGGAGAUAUUCAAGAUAUGCCUCGAGUACUGGAACUACUUGGCAUCGAAUCUCUACAGCGAGACGUCUGCCUACACAUUCAUGGCUGUGCCACCUCGUCUGAGCCUCUACAAGUCCAUCAUGAGCAAGGUCAGAGUGGUCCUCAUCUCACACAUGGCCAAGCCCGAGGAGGUCAUCGUCGUGGAGGAUGAGAACGGUUGCAUUGUCCGUGAGCAAACCAAGGACACAGACUCGCUUACCCUCUACGAGUCAAUGCGUGAGACCUUGAUCUUCCUCACCAACCUUGACCCUGAGAACACUCAGAACAUCAUGCUUGACAAGCUGAACCGCUUGAUCUCCAACGAGGAGUGGUCCUUCCAGAAGAUCAACACUCUUUGUUGGGCCAUCGGUUCCAUCAGUGGAGCACAGAACAAGGACCAGGAGAAGAAGUUCUUGGUCACCGUCAUCAAGGAGCUACUGGAACUUUGCCAAGUCAAGCGUGGCAAAGACAACAAGGCUGUGGUUGCCAGUGACAUCAUGUACAUCGUUGGCCAGUAUCCUCGCUUCCUCAAGGACCACUGGAAGUUCCUAAAGACUGUUGUCAACAAGCUCUUUGAAUUCAUGCACGAGCCACACCCUGGUGUUCAAGACAUGGCCUGUGACACAUUCCUCAAGAUCGCCAAGCAGUGCAAGAGAAAGUUUGUCAUCCUACAGAUGGAGGAGUCUCAGCCAUUCAUCAACGAGCUCUUGACCAACCUGCCAAACUACAUAUCCGACCUGGAGCCUGGCCAAGUGCACACGUUCUAUGAGUCUGUCGGCUACAUGAUCAGCUCAUUCACCGAUCCACCAGCUCGUGAUCGUCUUGUGGUCAAGUUCAUGGAGCUACCCAACCAGUCAUGGACUCAAAUCAUGGCCAAGGCUGCUUCCAACGUCGACUCCAUCCUGAAUAUUGAGAUGACGCGUAACAUUGUCAACAUUCUCAAGACCAACUGCCGCGCUGCUUCAUCGUUGGGCUCAUGCUACCUCGUCCAAAUCACCAAGAUCUAUCUUGACUUGCUCAACGUCUACCGUACCUACAGUGACUUCAUCUCAAAGAACCCAGAUCAAAUCCGCUCUUCGCUCAGUCUUGGCAUGAAGGCAGUCAAGAAGGAAACUCUCAAGCUGUUGGAGAUAUUCAUCGAGAAGUCCGACGACAAGAUGAUGGUGUACAAGAACUUUAUUCCACCCAUGCUGGAGGCUGUUCUGGGCGACUACAAGACCAACAUCCCAGAGGCCCGCGACCCAGAGGUACUCUCCCUCAUGUCGGUAGUGGUCACCUCUCUCAAGCAGUUCAUUCCACCCGAUGUUCCCAAGAUCUUGGAGGCCGUGUUCGAGUGCACCCUUGGCAUGAUCACCAAGAACUUUGAGGACUUCCCAACGCACAGGAUCAACUUCUUUAAUUUGAUCAGAGCAAUCAACUCCAACACGUUCACCGUUUUCCACAACUUGUCCGCUCAACAGUUCAAACUGCUAAUCGAUUGUGUCGUUUGGGCAUUCAAGCACACAGAGAGGAACAUAUCAGAGACUGGACUCAACAUCCUAAAGGAGCUUAUUGAGAACGUGUCAAAGAGCCAGGAGGUGUCCAAUGCCUUCUUCAAGACCUAUUUGGUUCCAUUGCUCACCGAUAUAUUGUACAUUCUGACUGAUUCAUUCCAUAAGUCUGGAUUUAAUUUACAAUGUGACAUUAUCAAGAUGAUGUUCCAGGUGGUUGAGAAUGGAAUGGUCAAGGUGCCAAUAUGGGACCAGGCCACCACACCACAACCUGCAGGCAUGACCAACUCACAGUAUGUCCGUGAAAUCAUUGUCAUGUACCUGUCGUCUUCCCCCAACGUAACGAAGAACCAUGUCUUAGCCAUGACCCAGAAGCUGUUCUCGCUGGCCAACGUCAACAGCAACGAGUUUAAGAUAUCCGUUCGCGAUUUCCUCAUCACCCUCAAGGAGUUCCAAAGCUCAGACAAUGUCGAGUUGUACAGCGAAGAGAAGGCUGCCGAGAGAGAGGCCCUGCUCAAGAAGAACUUGGCCAUCCCAGGUAUGGUCAGACCAAGUGAGAACGAAGAGAUGUUG